AUGGAUUAUGUUGAACGAUUCAAUCAAUCUAUUCCUAAUCAUCAAACAUAUGAUGUAUAUAUGUUCAGGUGUUCAUUGGAAGAUCGUCUUUAUGAUCCUGUGUAUUUAGCUUUUAAAUCAAUUGACUCUACAUAUUUACGUGUACUUAUUGGACCAGGCAUAUUACUUAAUUUACUUUGUCUAUUUAUACUUUCUCGACCGAGAUUAUCAAAUAAAUCAACUACGAUUAUAUUUUUACGUGUUCUUGCACUUUUUGAUAUAUUAUCAAUUACAUUUAAAUAUAUUCGAGCAGAAGUCAAUUAUCAAUCAACUAAAAAUGGUCAUGAGAUAUUUUUAUUAACUCCAUCAGGUUGUAAAGCAUUAUAUGUAUUAAUGAAUGCAUGCAUUUCAAUUGCUAUGUGGACAAUUGUUUUAAUGAGCUUAGAUAAAGCUGUUGCUGUUAGUUAUCCACUUAAAUCACGUCUUAUUAUAGCUGCUAAUGUUGUUAUUGCAGUUGUAUUACAUCGUACUCGACAUGAUUGGGGAAUAGCUGAAAAUUCUAACAUACAAGAGUCUAAUUCAAGUUUUUCCAAAACAAAUUUAUCAAAAACAUCACUUCGUCGACGUUGUUCCGGCAGUUCAAUAACUACAGCAGUUGAAUUAGUAUUAGCUACAAAACGACGUACAAAUGCACAAGUUAAACGUAUGCUUUUAGCUGUUACAUUAUCAAUAAUUAUAUUGAAUAUUCCUAAUACAAUAUUUUUUAUUUUUAUUAAAAUUUAUGAUAUAAGAAAAAUAUUAAAUGGACGUUCAUGUUUAGAUAUUAGUGAUGGUGAUAUAUUAUUAUAUAAACUUGGGUUUUAUUCAGACUUUAUACAAGAUCUAUUAUCGGAUUUACCCCAUGUAGUUAAUUUUUUCCUAUAUUCUUUAGCUGGGGAAAACUUUCGAAGUAUAUUUGUAAAUGCAUUUCAUCAAUUUCUUGUUGAUUUUCAUUUGAUAAAACAAAAACAAAGAUGCCUUUCAUAUAACACACCUAUUUUAAAUUCUGCUUUAACACCAGGUACAGAUUAUAGUCACAAUCUGGGACGUAUAUCAUCAAAAACUCCUUCAUCAAAAAUAUGA